UAAUUUUCUGUCAAAGUUAUUCUUUCUUGCGAAUUGCCGUGCUUCCUCUCUCUACUUCUUUUUUUCUCUCUGCAAAUACACCAUGGGAAGAGGAAGGCGAGACAAGCUCUCCAAUCAGAUGGACGAGGAGUGGUCUCUAAAACCUCUAAAUGAUGAACCCGAAGAACGCUUUGCCGCCCAACUAGAAGAACGAGAGCAAGAACAGCAGCAACAACAUUUCCGUUCUACUUCUCAGCAAAGCCUCGAAACUUCCCCCACCUUGUCGUUCGCCCCCCACACCCCAAACCAACCUUCAAUUCGCCGAAACUCGAGGUGGGUCGAUCGAAGCCGGCGUGCCCAUCCGGCCCAGACUCGGUUUGUGAAGAAAGCCGAAGUGGGUUCGUCUGAUUGGACCAAAGGCGUGCAGCAAGACGAAGAAUCGGAAGUAACGGAUAGAGAUGGGCAUGCUUUAAAUUCUAAGGCUGAUGAUUCGAAGGAAGAGAGAGUCGAGGGGAAUGAGCUAACUCAGGAUCCUGAGUUUAGUGAGCGUUUUCAUGAUGUUGCCAGUAGAUUAGAAGAGCUAAAUUUGGGAGCUGAAGAGCCGGAGUUAUCUGAGGAGCAGCUCAGAAUUAAUGACCAAUUGCAGGAGGACGAGUUACUUGCUAUGGAGUCUAUAUAUGGAGACAAUGCCUUCAUCCUCAGCAGAGAGAAAGGCCUACGAUGUUUUAAGAUUCAUAUACAUAUUGAAGAUCCUGGUGAACUUACAAUUUCUGCAAAGUUAAAUUCAUCUAGUGAUUCUAAGAACAAAAGUGAAGUGAGUGAUGAGUUUUCAUACUCUUUCAAAGUACAGCAUCUUCCACCAAUUGUAUUGACAUGCUUGUUACCUAAAUCCUACCCAAGUCAUUUACCUCCUUAUUUUACCAUCUCUGCCCUGUGGUUGGAUACUGCAAGGAUUUCCAAUAUUUGCUCUGAGCUUGAUUCAAUAUGGAUAGAACAAUCAGGGCAUGAGGUUAUAUACCAGUGGGUGGAAUGGCUGCAGACUUCCUCUCUUUCUAAUCUUGGGUUUGAUAAAGAAAUACUGCUUGGCCCAUACAGCAGAAAGAAUAGUGGAGACAGGCGAGCAGUUUCAGAAAGUGUCUCUCCUGAUGUUGAUAUUCCUUCAUUAAUGAGUUAUAAUGAAAAGAAACGACAUGAGAAUUUUUGCAAAAACUUGCAUGAAUGCAGCAUCUGUUUUAGUGAGUAUGCAGGUACAGAGUUUGUUAGGUUGUCAUGCCACCAUUUCUUUUGCUGGAAAUGCAUGAAGACUUAUUCUGACAUGCAUGUCAAGGAAGGAAAUGUCAGCAAGCUUCUAUGCCCAGAUGCAAAAUGUGGCGGCAUGGUACCGCCUGUUCUUUUAAAGCAAUUGCUUGGUGACGAAGAAUUUGAACGUUGGGAGACAUUAACAUUACAAAAAACACUCGAGUCAAUGUCUGAUGUUGUCUAUUGUCCGAGAUGUGAGACGGCCUGCAUAGAGGAUGAAGAUCAUCAUGCACAAUGCUCAAAGUGCUUCUUUAGCUUCUGUACACUUUGUAGAGAGCGGCGCCAUGUAGGAAUAGCAUGUAUGACACCGGAAUUGAAGCUUCGUAUUUUACAGGAACGCCAGAAUUCAUCUCUAUUAAAGGAUGAACAGAAGCGCAGGGAGCAUGAAAUGAUUAAUGAAAUUCUUAGUGUCAAGGAGAUACUUCGUGAUGCAAAGCAAUGUCCAUCUUGUAAGGCUGCUAUAUCUCGCACUGAAGGUUGCAACAAGAUGGUAUGUGGUAACUGCGGGCAGUACUUCUGCUACCGUUGUAAUGAGGCUAUAAGUGGAUAUGAUCAUUUCAGGGACAAAGGAUGUCAACUUUUCCCACAAGAAACAAUUCAAAAUUGGGAGGAACAAAUGAAUGGCCGUCAAGUGGUGGCACAGAUUCAAGCUGAACUCUUUCCUGAUCAUGGCCUCUCAUGCCCUAAUUGUGGUCAAUUCAAUGCAAAGGUAGACAAUAACAAUCAUAUCUUCUGCUGGGCGUGUCAAGUUCAUUACUGCUACUUGUGCAGAAAAAUUGUGAGACGAGGGUCUCAUCAUUUUGGACCCAAGGGUUGCAAACAACACACAGUGGGAUAGUUUUAAAAGCAAACCUUCUAUUUAAACGGGAAAUCCAAGAGCAUUUCGUUAUAAUCAUGUAGCAUUUUGGAUAUCAGAACAGUGACCACAUGCGAGCGAGUGUUUUGAAAAAUAUAUAUACCGCUUCGAGCACUGCAAUGCAAUCCAUGGAGGGUGUUGAAGUUGAUAACACCUGCCUCAUUUGAUUGUAUAUUUAUGCUGCCUCUUUCCCCUCCCAGGCACAGCACCUCCAGUUGAGUCAUUUUUAUAUGUUCCUUUAUUUUCUUGUUGGAAAUUGGAAUGUAACCCUUUGUUUCAUCUCCCAUUAGGAUGCGCGCUGAUCUACUGCGAAUGCAAGUUGUGUGCUUUUGAUGAGGUUGUGCUUUCCGCUGCUGAGUUGUGAAUGCUAUUACUAAAGGUUAUAUUUUUUAUGUAUUAAACUUUCACGUGCAUUAACAUGGAGUACAAUUAUUUUAAAGACAAAA